CUCAGAGUCUCCACUCCGCUUCUUAGCAAACCCCCAUUUUUCUCUCACCUUCGUCCUUCAUUCGCAGGUCCACCACUAGCAGCAAUGGCAGCAAGCCAAUACAGCAGUCACCAUCAAAACGCAGCCGAAUUCCACACGAUCUUCUUUCCAUUCCCCAUGGAAUCUAGAAAAAGGGAAAAAGGAAUCAUUUAGUUGUCAAUGUUACCUUCUCCGCGACAACAACACUCUCUCUCUUUCAGUCUCCGCUGACACUGUCCAUGGAAAUCUGAAUCUCAGCUUUUCUGCUCCUAUAUAAAUCGGCAACUGGGGGUUACGUUCCAAAGCAUCGUUAGCACCAUUCAUUCAAAAAAGUUGCAAAACGUUUUCGCCUUAUUUCUUCAUAAUGGCCCAGCAGAGUCCCGAUCCUCCUCCAUUUGACCCAGCUGAGCCGUCUACUCCUAUUGCUUACCCGAUCAAAACUCUUCAGGACCUCGAGUCCAGGGCCUACUUCAAGUCAUUUCACUACCCAUUUAACAGAGCCACGGUUGCUCUCCAACCGGCGCUGUUGCCUGAUCGGCGUAGGAUGCUUGUUUGCCAUGAUAUGGCUGGUGGAUACCUGGACGAUAAAUGGGUUCAGGGAGGAAGUAAUCCAGAUGCUUAUGCGUUGUGGCAUUGGUAUUUGAUCGAUGUUUUCGUGUACUUCUCCCAUGAUUUGGUCACGCUUCCACCUCCAUGUUGGACAAAUGCAGCUCACAGGCACGGUGUCAAGGUGCUAGGAACUUUCAUUGUGGAAGGAGGGGGGAAAGCUGUUUGUGAUACAUUGCUUUCAACAAAGGAUUCUGCUCAAAUGUACGCGGAGCGCUUAACUGAGCUUGCUGUUGCAUUAGGAUUUGAUGGAUGGCUGAUGAAUAUGGAAAUCUCUUUGGAUUCUCAGCAAAUUCCUUAUUUGAAAGAAUUUGUCAGCCAUUUGACCCAGUCGAUGCAUUAUAAACUACCUGGGUCUUUAGUUAUAUGGUAUGACAGUGUGACUGUGGAUGGUGCACUAAACUGGCAAAAUGAAUUGAAUGAAGAAAACAAACCUUUCUUUGAUAUUUGCGAUGGUAUAUAUGUAAACUACUCAUGGAAUGAGGAUACUCCUAGACGUUCUGCUACUGUUGCUGGAGAGAGAAAGUAUGAUGUGUACAUGGGCAUUGAUGUUUUUGGGAGGGGUACUUAUGGUGGUGGAGGAUGGCACACAAAUGUUGCGCUGGAUGUUCUGAAGAGGGAGAAUGUUUCGGCUGCCAUAUUUGCUCCCGGAUGGGUGUAUGAGCAUGAGCAGGAAACAGAUUUUCAGACUGCUCAAAAUAGUUGGUGGAAUCUUGUGAAGAAAUCAUGGGAAAUAGUGCGAAGUUACCCAAAACAACUACCAAUCUACUCAAAUUUUGAUCAGGGUCAUGGUUAUCAUGUUUCCAUAGAUGGAGUACAAAUAUCAAAUGCUUCUUGGAACAAUCUUUCCUGUCAAGACUUCCAGCCUAUCCUUGAGGUAACUGAUGCUUCAACUUCAGAUUCUAUCCAAGCUCAUUUAGAUUUUAAAGAUGUCUUUAACGGAGGAGGAAGCAUUGUACUGAAAGGUAAUCUCGACGAAACUUGCUACACCGAAAUAAGGCUCUUUCAAGGAGAGAUUCUUUUGGGGGAUUCGCCUCUGCUCUUCAUGUACUUUUUGAAGUCGACCAGGGAUUCUCGACUAGGCCUUUUGUUCGAGUUUCUUUCUAGCACAAAUAAAAGAAAGUUACUAUAUGCCUCCAGCAGCGAGAAGCGGUUCUCAAAUGAUUUCUCGGAAGUGAUUGAGACAAGUCCUCGUGCAUUCCCUGGAAUUUCCCCUGACUGGUUCAUAUACGAGGGCACUGUCCGAAUGAAUGGAUACAAACUAACAAGUAUAAAUAUUGUAUGCUAUAGGUCAAGCCCUAUAUCUAAUAUACCAAAACACGAAUCUGGGCCGGUUAGGGACAAUAACAUGCUCCCUCCUGAUCCAUCUGAAUACUUUGCAGUGCUCGGUAAUUUUGCUUUACGAUCUUCUGAUGAACAACGAGAUCUUCCUCCCUACGAUUCGUGGCUAGUUGAAAGUCAAUUCAUUAAAUGGACUCCAGGUCCAGAGGGAACACAAACUCUUGACAUUAAGAUCAUUUGGAAGUUGAAAGAUGACAGUAGUGAUACGGUAUUCGACCACUACAAUGUUUAUGUCGUGAAAGUAGCCGAGAAAGGCGAAAAUCGCCACGGUGGAUUACCAAAUGUCCCGGAGUAUCUCGGGGUGGCACAUGUAGAAGCUUUUUAUGUUUCUAACCUCGCAGUUCCUUCCAGCACCUCAAGUCUCAAAUUUAUAAUCCAAGUUUGUGGAGUGGAUGGGAGUAGCCAGAAGUUGGAGGACUCUCCAUUUCUCUAUUUGGAAGUUGAAGGUUCAUAUAGCAACUUUGGAGCUGGUAGGAAAUUGGUUUGCCGCAUUUGAUAAUCAUUUGGUUUUUGAAAAUUAAGGGCUCAUUAGGUAACGAUUUCGGAUUCAUUAGGUAACGUUUCCUCUUUUUUAAUAAAUAA